AUGAGUGAACGGGGAGACCGGCUGCAUUUCAGUUCGAGACAAAAGGCCGUUGCCUUGCCCAUUAGAUUUGAGGGUUAUGAGCACAAAGCUGUGAGCGUAGAACAUUCGCAAUGGCUUGACACAGAAGAUCUUCGUCGAUGCCUCCCAAUCCUUUCUGGAGCACCAACACCCAAUUUGAGUCCUGAGGCCUUGGAGUCUUGGAAUAGGCCAGUACCCCAAGAUGAUGAGUCUGAUGCCUCCUCACUUGCCCCUUUGCCAAGCGGCCAGCUGGACAGUGAGAGGGAUCCGAUGCAUGCCUUUCAGACGUUUGGUGACACCAAGAAUGAGAUCACUUCUGGUGGUGAGAUGCCUCACGACAUGGACCCGAAUGGCACGGAAGUGAAUGAGAACCUAGAGCCUCUAGCAACUGGAAUGGGUGGGAAGCGAGCGGAAAGGAUGGGGAAUAGGAGGGGUCAAGUAGAUGGGAAGACUUCUGCUGGGGCAACUUCAGUUCAAGGUGAAGGUGAAAAGCGUGAAAAUUAUGGGCAUGAGAAUGGUUUGGAAGAAGCACUGGGGGAUCAAGUGUUGCAGCAUUUUCAACAAGAGGCGAUGCGCCUUCAAUCUCAGAACAGCAUGCUGUCCAAGGAGCUUCAGAAACUUAGAGAAGAGAAACAGCGCAAUGAGUUGAAUGAGUCAGUGGCAGCACUACGGCUUUGGAAGCGAAAAGCAAGUCGAGCUGCAGAACUUCGUGCUCAGUUGCCGAUGAUCCGAACACUGGAUGGCAUUUCCAAGCCAGUGGCUGGUGGAUCCGCACAAGCGAGCUUCAGGAUUGCAACUUUCCGUGUGAAGCACAACUUGAAUGUUCAGCCUUCACUGGAAAACUUGUGGCUGUUCUUUGACUUGCUGCUGGCAGAAGCUGAGGACAGCGUUGCCGAUGGCCGCAUCCAUGGGAAUCUGGCGUUGAAAAGACUGGCCGGUGAGGAAGGGAAAGGAAAAGGUGAUGGAUCAGCGGCGGCAGAUGGAAACGGCGUCGGCAGUGGCAAGAAGUCUGAGACCAAUGGAACUGCAAUGGCAAUGGGAUCCAGUGAGUUGCUCAGCGAGGCCACCAAACUUUUGAAAUCACUUCACCUUCCUUCGGUCAAGAAGAUCACCCUGCAGGAGCUUGGAGACCCUUUGAUGAGCCCUUCAAAUCUGAUGUUGCUGGGCAGUGGUGCUACUCACUCCCUGCGGAGGGCAAGGAUCUGGGAUGAGUGGAAUCAAGCUCAUCAAACUGUAGUGGCAUUAGCACAGGGCUCUACAUCCAACCUGCGUCUCAAGCAUGGCACCAACACACUUUUGUCAACACCUGAGGAUGCCAGUUUUGGAAAUGGCAUUUUGCCUAUGGGUGCGCUUUCUAAGAUUGGUUUUGAGAUUGCCUGGGGCGGGGGAGACUGUCGAGUUCAUGGACCAGCUGGAGAAAAGAUCAAUGUUCAAGUUGUCAAUGGAUGUCCCAUGAUUGAAUGUCAGCUGGAGAACGACAGCCAACUUUCCGCAGCCAGAGCAGCAAUCGUCCGAGCCAUCAUGCAGCAGCCAGAUCUGAUGAAACACUUCCGGAGCUGGGAUCUGUUCAGGCCAUCCUUGGUGGCCCACCAUGCCGGUCUGUAUCAGCUUGCCGCUAUGCGGAUGAUGGAGGACCAAAACCGGUUAGAAGCGAGGUUCAUCUUUGCCUUGGAACAGCCACAGGAUCCCAAAGAAUAUCGACCACAGCAAGACAUUGACAAGAGCUUUGCUGGCAAGAUCGUCCUCUUGAAGAACGACUUCAAGAGUCUGCCAACAAUGACCACCAGAGGAUGUUUAGAUGAGGUGGUGGACGAAGAUGGUGUGGACGGCAAUGUGGAGGAUGGAGAGCUUCCACGUUUUGAAGCUGAUGUGGAGGAUCGGCCAUGUGAGGAGGAUGAGGCUGCAACCAACCGGGCCAAGACUGCAUAUGACAGCUGGAUGAAGUUGGUGGAGGAGCAUGAACAGGUAAAGGUAAAGACACUGACCUUUGCUGAAGUCAUCACUUCAAGAGCUACAGGCCAUGUUUUGGAAGGCUUGGCAAAGAUCUAUGCCAAGAUCAGAAGCCUAGCACUUCCAGUGCUGCGAUUGCAUGCUGAUAGGGCCCGGGAGCUGACAUCAAAGGCCGUUCAAUCAUGGUGCCACAGUCGCGACAUUGUAGCGACAUACACUUCUGGUUCUGAUUGGAAAAGCAAUGGGCGUGCCGAGAAUGAGAGCGGCAUUGUGAAGCGACAUGCAAAAAUUAUCAUGAGGGCACACAACAUCGACGAAGAACGAUGGCCCAGCCUUGUGAAACAUGCCGCUGAACGACGUUUGCGAUGGCAGCUCCAGCAAGUUGGCUAUCCAGUGCCUGAUCUUUUGCCCUUCUACACCAAGGUUCUUGUCAAGCGCAAGUCCUGGAAUCAAAGAUAUGCUGCAUGGAUGUGGGAACGUACCCCUGGUCGUGUUUGUGGCCCUGAUCCAUGGUCAUCUUUGACAUCAGGUGGGUACUGUGCGCAGCUGGAAGAUGGGACUUUUCUGGCAUCUACAGAUGUGGUGGUGGAACAAUCGGAACUGGGAGAGGGUCUGACACUGGAUCUGGUGGUUCAAGAGCGACUUCAAGUCAAGUGCAACAGUGAGGGUGACCACAUGGGAGUCAAGCGGUUGCUCGAGAUGCAUCAAGAGACCGCGUGCCUGAGGAAUGUGUUCUUGUGGGCGAUUUGGAUCCUGAACAAGCAGCUUGCAUUCCAGCACUCGCAGUGCUGGCCAAUCAAAAGUUUGAUUUGGAACUUCAGUUGCAAGGCUCUGGGCCUGGAAAAGAAACACAAGGAGGAAGAAAAAUUCUUGGUGACCAAGACCAUCACCACUGAGCAGGUCUAUAAAGAAUGGGAGGAUUGGAAGAUCGCGAUGAUGAGUGAGUACACUUCCAUCGUUGAUGAGCAGAAAGCUGUGCGACAGGUGACAAGAGCAGAAGCACAGCGUAUGGCGGUGGAAAGCAACAUCAAGUAUGAGGAGCUUCCAAGUAAAGUGGUCUUCACAGGAAAGAUGUGGGGAAAAAGAAAAGUGAGAGCCUGCAUUUGUGGCAGCUAUGAGAAUGAAGUUGCCACUGCCACGUAUGCAGGGGUCUGUGAUGCGUCUCAGAUUCGGUGCCUCAUCCGCCAUGCAGCACUGGAGAAAUGGGCCCUGUAUGGAACUGAUAUCAAGUGUGCCUUCCUGAAUGCGGAGCGCAAAGACCGCACCGAGCUGAUUGCCAUGUUCAUCCCAUACAUCUAUGUCAAAUUAGGUGUGGCGUCACAUUCAGAUGUUUGGUUGGCUGAUGCUGCCAUGUAUGGUCUUGUGGCCAGCCCGCGUGAUUGGGCAGAUCAUCGUGAUGUGACGAUACCAACCAUGGUUUGGCAAAGAGAAGAGAAUGGCAAGAAGUGGAAAGGAUUGGAAAGGCACGUUCAGAAGGGCUGCAGGUCAGCCAUAGCUGAGGUGUGGGAGUGUGCUGAGGCGGAGAGCAGAGAGGGCGACUUUGAGCAAGCCGGUGUCUUUUUGUGGCUUCGAGAAGAGGCUGAAUUUGUCAAGUCUGAGAAUCUGGAUUUGGUGCGCCGUGCCCGAGCUUGCACUGGAGCCAUUGCUUUGGCUUGCAUGAUCUAUGCGGAUCACCCUGGACCAUCUCAUGGUGCUCGUGGCCAGCUGAGCAAGCCGAGAUGCGUGCGCACCAUUGAGGCAUUUUCUGACAUCUCCUAUGCCUCCACGAAGGGCUACAGGAGAAGGACAAGGGAGUUGGAGGACAAGACACUUUCGCAUUCGAGCAGCAAUUUUGAGAUCUGCUCUGCAUCACAACGAGUGGGACUUGCCAUCUCAUGGGUCGUGAAUUGGUGGCGGAUUUUUUUAAGUAAGAUCGUCAGUGGCCCUGCUUUUGAGAAGGCGUUGCAAGAUCUCUGUAUCGCUGCUGGUGAGGGUAAGAAGACUGUUGGGGACAUCGGGCAGCCGUCGACGCCUCAACUCGACAUGCUGCACUGGAGUAGCAGUGAAGAAGAAAGUGAGAGACGUGUGGCCGAGAAUAUCGAGCGAGCCAACUACGUGCCUACAGCCGAUGUUGAUGAACUUCGUGCCAUGGUGUCUCAGAGCCGGCGAAUCCAAAAGGAUCCCCACAACAAGAUGCAUGGAAGAACUCCAGAGAUGUAUGAAAAUGAGUCGUCUCAGUUGCCGGGGCGUCGAAAAAAGAAAGUUGAGAAGAAACGACUGGAUUCAGAUGAGGAAGAAGCAGCUGCAGAAAAGGCCAGACACAAUGAUGAGUUUGCUCGAAAAUUUGUCUGGAAGGAGGGCCGUUUUCACGGCGGAGGAGAGCUCUUCACAAACGGGCUGAGGUGUUGCGUCAUCAUCUCAGCAGAGCUCUUCACAAUCGGGCUGUGGUGUUGCAUCAUCAUCUCAGCAAGAGCUCUUCACAAUCGGGCUGUGGUGUUGCGUCAUCAUCUCAGCAAGAGCUCUUCACAAUCGGGCUGUGGUGUUGCGUCAUCAUCUCAGCAGAGCUCUUCACAAUCGGGCUGUGGUGUUGCGUCAUCAUCUCAGCAAGAGCUCUUCACAAUCGGGCUGUGGUGUUGCGUCAUCAUCUCAGCAAGAGCUCUUCACAAUCGGGCUGUGGUGUUGCGUCAUCAUCUCAGCAGAGCUCUUCACAAUCAGGCUGUGGUGUUGCGUCAUCAUCUCAGCAAGAGCUCUUCACAAUCGGCUGUGCUGUUUGCGACUUCAUCAGCAAGAGCUCUUCACCAUCGGCUGUGCUGUUGCGACUUCAUCUCAGCAAGAGCUCUUCACAAUCGGGCUGUGGUGUUUGCGACUUCAUCUCAGCAAGAGCUCUUCACAAUCGGGCUGUGCUGUUGCGACUUCAUCUCAGCAAGAGCUCUUCACAAUCGGGCUGUGCUGUUGCGACUUCAUCUCAGCAAGAGCUCUUCACAAUCGGGCUGUGCUGUUGCGACUUCAUCUCAGCAAGAGCUCUUCACAAUCGAGCUGAGGUGUUGCGCCAUCAUCUCAGCAAGAGCUCUUCACAAUCGGGCUGUGGUGUUGCGACUUCAUCUCAGCAAGAGCUCUUCACAAUCGGGCUGUGGUGUUGCGUGUCUGCACUUCAUCUUCACAAUCGGGCUGUGCUGUUGCGACUUCAUCUCAGCAAGAGCUCUUCACAAUCGGGCUGUGCUGUUGCGACUUCAUCUCAGCAAGAGCUCUUCACAAUCGGCUGUGGUGUUGCGACUCAUCUCAGCAAGAGCUCUUCACAAUCGGGCUGUGGUGUUGCGUCAUCAUCUCAGCAAGAGCUCUUCACAAUCGGGCUGUGCUGUUGCGACUUCAUCUCAGCAAGAGCUCUUCACAAUCGGGCUGUGCUGUUGCGACUUCAUCUCAGCAAGAGCUCUUCACAAUCGAGCUGAGGUGUUGCGCCAUCAUCUCAGCAAGAGCUCUUCACAAUCGGGCUGUGGUGUUGCGACUUCAUCUCAGCAAGAGCUCUUCACAAUCGGGCUGUGCUGUUGCGACUUCAUCUCAGCAAGAGCUCUUCACAAUUGGGCUGUGCUGUUGCGACUUCAUCUCAGCAAGAGCUCUUCACAAUCGGGCUGUGGUGUUGCGACUUCAUCUCAGCAAGAGCUCUUCACAAUCGGGCUGUGCUGUUGCGACUUCAUCUCAGCAAGAGCUCUUCACAAUCGGGCUGUGCUGUUGCGACUUCAUCUCAGCAAGAGCUCUUCACAAUCGGGCUGA